AGAAAUCAACCUAAGAACACCUUUUCAGUGUUUUGUUAUGUAGCGCUAUAGCAACAAAACCCGAUCAACCCAACCUGAGGACAAGAGGAAGAAGUUCUAAAAGGCUUGUAUACUUCAGGAUCAUCCUAGACCACUGAUAUCAGAAUGGCCACCAGUGAAUUGAGUCUUACGCAGCUUCAGGAAAAGCUUAAGAUAGAAGACAAAGAAACAACUAAAGAAAAUUAUUUCCACAAGCCAUGGCCUGGGAGUGAUAUUGCAUUUCUCAUGGAUGAUGAAAAACGGGUCUAUGCAUCAAAAGCAGUCCUAACAAUGGUAUCACCAGUGUUUGAAACUAUGUUUAACAGUGAUUUUAAGGAGAAGGAAGCAAGUGAAAUACCACUUCCUGGGAAAAAGUCUGAGGAUAUUGUGGCUCUCAUGGAAGUGAUCCAUCCUAAGACAUGGGCUAAUGUUACAGAAUCUACUAUUGAACCACUGUUGAAGUUGGCCAGAGAAUACCAGAUGGAACAAUUGACUAAGAAAUGUGGAGAAUUCCUCAAUGGUUGUAAAGCAAGCUUCCAUAACCUGUAUCUUGCAGAUGAAUAUAAUCUACGGAUGGCAAGACAUAAGAAUAUGAAUUAUGCACACACAAUUCCACUCAGUAAACUUCACAAAUAUCCAGAAUUCAUGGAACUAUCGAAGAAAUGCACUGAUAGCAUCAUACUAAUGAAAGCAAAGCUACUUUCUCUGAUGCAGAUUUAUUUGAAGAUAUUAAGGUUAGAGAUAAAUAUGGUCUGUUAUAUGGUAAUGAUAAAACUGAAGCAAUAUUGACAAGGUUAUGUGAGAUUUCCUACACUGAUUUGAAGCAGUAUGGUUUGAAAACAUUGUCAUAUGAACUCCAAGAAGAAAUCUUAAGGAGAAAGUUUUGCUAAAUUCAUGAAUAUAUGUUCAGAAUUGAUACUGUCAUGGCCAGCUGCUUUUUUCAUCAAAUGUGCAAAUAUGAAGUUGUAAUUAGAAAACAGCAACUCCACAGAAUAGCAAAUCCCACCGAAUGAAACAUGUUUUGAUA